AUGAUAAGGAAGGCAUCGCUGUCCCUCUUCAAGGAAGACGCAUCAGGAAGGCCGUACUUGGCAAAGCCAUUCCUUAAUAUCAAUUUUCUAAACGAGGAAGAGCUCCCCUUUUGGCUGACAGAUGAGAAACAUAUUAAAAAAUGCAACUCGAUUUUCAGCUCCAAAAUUAUUGCCUACCCAGUGUAUGUGGCCCAAACAAUCCAUAAGUAUAAGCCGUCGGCCAUCCCGCAGAUAGCCAUAUUCGGACGGUCCAACGUUGGCAAAUCGAGUUUAAUCAACGCCCUGCUGAACAAUAGGGAAGUUGCGCAGGCUUCAAGGACACCGGGGCGUACCCGGCAUUUGUUCAUUUUCAACCUACUAAAUCAUCUCUCCAUCGUGGACUUACCUGGCUAUGGGUUCGCCAAGGUUUCGAAGGAUAUGCGUGAUAACUGGUCUAUCCUUAUCGAGGAGUAUUUGAAAAGAGCAGUCAACUUGAAGCGCGCUCUGUGCUUGAUCGAAUGCACUGAAUUUUUCACUCCACAUGAUUUUGUCUUACUCGACAUGUUAAUAACCAAGGGGGUACCUUUUCAAAUUGUCGUUACCAAGGUGGAUAGGCUUAAGGCACACGAGCUCCACACACUCAUGCUUAAAGUACUCUCCGUCAUUGAUGAUUACAGGAAGAAGGUUAAAUCGCUUAACGAGCGUAUGCACCGGCAGGGGUUAAGUAUCCACAAAGAGACCACCUACGACAUGAAAAUAAGCACCUACUUAUUUAAUGUAUCCAGUUUGAAGAACUUUGGGGUUCAGCAGUUGAGGGCCCACUUGGGGUUGAUAGCAACUGACAACAUGUUCAUGAAGAAAUGA